AACAACAAACACAAUUUAUAACAUGUCUUGGAAAAUUUUAGAUUUAAAAGCUUUAAAACAAGCUUGAGCUUAAUUGUUAAUAAAAGAAAUUUUCAUUUCUUUAGUUAUUGUAAAAGAAAAAUUGUGAUUUGAAUUUAGUAAAUAGAGUGCAAAAAAGUGAAAUUGUAAAAGAAAAUUAAAAAAAAACAAAGUUUUUGGUUGAAUUUUGUUUAAUACAUUUUGGAAAUAUCAACAAAUUACUUUUAUAACACAAACACCAUUCCAAUGUUGUCCUGUUUGGUGCCGUCGUCAACAUCACGUUUUGGUCAAGAGGAUAAUAUUAUCAAUCAAAGUAUGCCCUCAUCGCCAGCAUUCACCAUGCAAUUUCCUUCUUUGGCCUCUACAUUGCAUCAUCAUCAGCCAAAAAGCGGCAGUAGUGCCACACAUGAUGAUGAAAAUUCAACGGGUAUGCCGGCAUCUUCGAUGGGUGCUUCAUCGCCACAGCCACAACAAACAGAUUUUAUGGUCUCGUGUCCACAAUGUCAUGUUAGAUUGUCGGGUUUUGAGCCUUUACGCAAUCACAUAGCCUCCGAACAUCCUCAUGAUAAAUUAAAUAUUGAACCCUCAUUUCCCAGUCCACAGCAACACCAGCAACAACAGCAACAUGCAAUACAUCAUCAUCACAAUUCCUCUACAAAUCUAGAGGAAAGUGAUGAUAAUGAGAGUAAUAUUAGUUCAGUCGAAAAUAAAUCAUAUAUUAACAAUAAUAACAAUAGUCAAGAGAAAAAUAACAAUAGUAUUAUGCCACAAACCACCUCCGCACCCAAUUCACCUACACACUCAUCCAAUUCAUCACAACCCACAACAGCCUCAACACAAAAUGCCAAUAACCAACAAACAACAGAUCUCUCAACAGCGUCAACACCUUUUGCUGCAGCAGGACAUUUACCACAUAAUUUACAUCCGGCUGCUGCAGCACAAUUUAUGGCGGCCUUAGCUAUGCAACAACAACAACAACAUAAUAAUAAUAAUGGUGAAACUUCACCCACAUCACAUUUAUUAGCUUUUAAUGGUCAUCAUGCCAAUUCACAUUUAUUGCAACAACAUCAUCAUCACCAUCAGCAACAACAACAACAAAUUCCCCAUCAUUCAUUUGCUAACAAUGAAAUGGAUACAAUGCGUUCUACCUCCAGUCCCGGUUCUUGUGGAGGCAGUGAUAAUAAUUCAGCUGCUAGCAGUAUUAGCGGUCCCUAUCAGUGUCUACACUGUACGGCUUUAUUUCAAAAUCGUCUUGAACUCGAAAAGCAUGAACUCAUGCAUUCACCCAAUGCGCAAUCUCCACAGUCUCAACAGAAUGGUGGUGUUAAUCAAAGCUGUAAAAUUUGCCAUAAAGCUUUCGCCAAUGUUUAUCGUUUGCAGCGUCACAUGAUCAGCCAUGAUGAGUCCGCUCUAUUGCGUAAAUUCAAGUGUAAUCAAUGCGAUAAAGCGUUUAAAUUUAAGCAUCAUUUGAAGGAACAUGUACGCAUUCAUUCCGGCGAAAAACCUUUUGGUUGUGAUAAUUGUGGCAAAAGAUUUUCACAUUCCGGUUCGUUUUCAUCGCACAUGACCUCGAAGAAAUGUAUAAGCAUGGGCUUAAAACUUAACAACAAUCGUAGUUUAAUGAAAUCUUUGGAAAAGAAUUCCGGUUUAACUUCACCGCCUUCGCUUAAGAGAAGUUCGCCCAUUUCCAAAACAAGUGAUUCGUCAGCGCCUGCGAAUGGUUUAGCUAAUCCCAUGAAUUAUUUUGCUGGUGACGCUAAUGCUAAUGCCAAUAAUCCUUUCUAUACAAAUCUAUUGCCCAAAUAUGGUGAUUACACGGCCAUGAAUGCGGCUCUAUUGGCCUCAUUCCCUAAUCCCUUUUAUAGCAUGGCUUUAGAUCCGCGCAUACAUCCCUAUAGUAUACAAAGGCUAUUGGAGUUAACUGCUGCUGGGCAGCAGCAACAGCAUCAUCAACAGCAAACACAAGAGCCAGAAACCAACACACCACCACCUUCACACACCGAAGCAGAAGAGGAGACUGAAAAGGAUUUGCAUAUUACCAAUGGUGGUGAUGUAGAGGAUGAUGAAUCCUCCGAGGCCUUAGAACUUAAUGAGGAAGAUAAUCAUGAUGAACCUAAAUUGGUGAUGGAUUUAGAUGAAUCUGAAAAUAAGGAAGAAGAGCUUAAUACAAUUAAUACUACAACAAUAACACAAGAACAACAGCAACAAGAAGCAGAACCAGAAGCAGCCAAAGAAGAUAACAAAACAUGUGAAGAUAAUAGUCCAAAGGUUUUUAAUAAUUCUCCCAUUAAACAAGAGCAAAUAACACGUGAAACUCCUACACCCCAAGAAGCCGAAAAUCUUAAAGAACAACCAGAAGCAGAAGAGGAGGAUACCACUAAAACUUUGUCUCUUAUCAAGCAAGAAAAACCCGAAGAAUCUGAAGAAACACAAGAAGACAACAGCUCAAAUUUGGCCCAAGAAUCUCCCUCCCAUUUGAGAUGCAGUCGUUGUGACAAACAAUUUAACCAUCCUUUGGAAUUGGUGCAACAUGAGAAAGUUUUAUGUGGCCUAAUCAAACAGGAAUUAGAACAGCAAUUCCAACAACAGCAACAGCAGUUACUUGAACAAACGCACAGUUCGAAUUCCUUCAUCAACACCAGCGAUGUUGAAGAUGAACAAGAUGAAAGAGAUUCAAUUUCACGCAAUGACUGCUCGAGCGGUGGCGAAAGUAAUGCCGAACGCAAGGUUAGAGUACGUACAGCCAUUACUGAGGAACAGCAGCAACAAUUGAAACAACACUAUACGGUUAAUUCUAGACCUAGUCGCGAAGAAUUUCGCAUGAUUGCUUCACGCUUGCAAUUGGAUGCCCGAGUUGUGCAGGUGUGGUUCCAAAAUAAUCGCUCCCGUGAACGUAAAUUGCAAUACAACAGCAAUAAAAUGACAUUCCCCAUGCAAAUUCCAGUGGCACCACUGCAAACAGUACCACAAAGUUUUGACUCCACCAUGGAGGUCCUAAAUAAGUCAAAUAUCGCCGACGAUUUGCCUUUAGAUUUGUCAGUUAAACCACCAAAGGCUGGUAGUGGUCAACAACAGCAACAACAUUCUCCUCUGUAUGGUAUAGCACCAAUGCAAAAUGCGUCAGCCAAUGCAGCAGGAGAUAUGCAAGAAGCCAUGAAUUUAAGCCGCAAAAUGACACCACCCACUAUGUCACCUUCAUCUGCUGCCUCGGUGCCGGCUGCUUUUAAACAGCAAGCUGCUGCAGCCGCUGCUGCUCUUUACUUUGCUGCUCCAUCCCAAGCAAAUGGUGCUCCCAACUUGCCGCAUAAUAUUAGGCAGACACCAUCUCCCAUUGAAGCUCCUUUAAUGGGACCACAACAAACCUCUACACCCCGCGGCGCUGCAGCAUUCCCAUCUUUUUCACAAUUACCGCCCUACAUGAUGCCAGCUGCCAUGGCUGCUGCUCAGCGUUCUUUAAUGCCAAUGGAAGCUCUCUUCCAAAUGACUCCCGGCUCGGCUGACUAUGCCCGCCAACAUCCCUUAAUGAACAGUAUUAAAUUGGGUGGUCCUACCAUCGACUUUAGAGGCAAUAGUUUAAGUCCUGGUUCCGAAAAGAGAUCUUGGCGUGAUGAUGACUCCAGAAUCUCACAUGAAGAUGAUUUUAUGGCCCAACAACAACAGGCUGCCGCAGCCGCCUUAAUGCCACCCAAACCCAAGAGAGCCAAAGCUGAGACACAUGGUCAUGCUGGAGAUCCUGAUUUACCCUUCAUCUGUGAUCAAUGUGAUAAAGCGUUUGCCAAACAAAGCUCGCUGGCGAGACAUAAAUAUGAGCAUUCCGGUCAACGUCCUUACCAAUGUAUGGAUUGUCCCAAAGCUUUUAAGCACAAACAUCAUUUAACCGAACACAAACGUCUGCAUAGCGGUGAAAAACCCUUCCAAUGCUCCAAGUGCCUAAAACGUUUCUCACAUUCCGGCUCCUACUCACAGCACAUGAACCACCGUUACUCGUAUUGCAAACCCUACAGGGAAUAG